AUGUACAUUCUCUCGGUUACAAAGUAUCUCUUACAGGACACCAGAUCAGUUUAUGAGCCGGGGAAACGGCAUUGGCUCAAAGUCAAAAAGGACUAUUUGGAAGAGGGUAAAAUGGCAGAUACCGCGGAUUUGAUAGUACUGGGUGCUUAUUUUGGAACUGGAAGCAAA